AAAAACGACGGGGCGCAAAAUGGUGAAAUUGGUAAACCAACACUGUGAUCUAGGCCUGGUCCUACUCCUGGCCUGGACAUGGCUAACAAGGCUGGUGGUUUCGGCCCAUCUGCUCGAAGUGCCCACCCCAUCGCGCCUGGCCGCCGAGCGGGAGGAGCGACAGUUAUCCCAGCAGGAUGUGGGUGGUCUCAGCUACCAGAGCAUCCAUCGAAUGCUGAGGGACGAGAACGAACCGGCCAGCUUUCGGGGGGAGUUGCGAUACCAGCAGAAACGCCACAAGAGGGAGCUGGAAUUAAAUGCCCCGGCGAACAAGCUAAAUCUCACCCACCGCGACCUGAGAACCUUCAAUAGCAGCGGUGGUCAGUGGAAGGGCGACUUCCAGGUGAUUACCGCCAUGGAUCUGAGUGGCAAUCGACUCGAAAGCCUCAGCUUGGACCACUUCAAUCAGCUGAGGCAGCUGGAUCUGGGAAACAAUUCGCUGGAGGUUAUACCUCUCAGCCUUGCUGAUUCCAAUGAAUCACUUGCGCUCGCCACACUCGAUGUUUCGUGCAACAAGUUCAGCCAGAUUUCCACGAGCUUCUUUGCCCAGCGAUUGCCGCAACUGAGAAAUCUAAACUUGGCUCACAACCGAUUGAUAAACAUUUCCCGCGAGUCUUUCUACAAUUUGGUGGAGCUACAAACGUUGAUUCUCAGUCACAACAACAUUUCGGACAUAGACUACGAAACUUUUCUGGCCCUGCCGAAUUUGCAGCAUCUGGAUUUAUCCCACAAUCGCCUGAGUGGCUCUGCCAUUCGAGCUCUGCAGGGAAUUCCCGAUCUGGUCAGUCUUUCGAUCGCCUUCAAUCCGGAAGUGGGAGUGGCCAUGCAGGAGUUCGUCGCCUCCUGGAGUCUCAAGGAGUUGGAUGCCAGUGGCACGGGAUUGUGCCAGGUUCCCGCUGCUCUGGCCCAAUCUGUGAGGACCCUCAAGCUUUCAGACAAUUGGUUAAAGGCAAUCAAUUGCGGCGACAUGGACAGCUAUCCACUGCUGCAGUACCUAGAUCUCUCGCAUUCCCGCAUCGCCCAAGUGGAGGACGAUGCAUUGGGGCGACUGGAGUUGCUCGAAUCCCUUUUCCUCGAUCACAAUCUUCUGCAGCGAGUGCCCCAAAGUCUGCCCACCUCGCUGGAACACUUGUUCCUGCAGCACAAUCAGAUAAUGGAGCUACCGCCACAGGCCUUCGUGGGUCUGGUCAAUCUGCAGACCCUCGACCUGUCCAACAAUCGUUUGAUAUUUCUGCCCGCCCUCUCGCUGCCCAAGCUGCUCACCCUGAAUCUGCAAUCUUCUGGCGUGGAGAGCGUCAGCCAAUCGAUAGUGCACACAUUGCCCCAGCUAAGGGAUCUUUUGCUGGAUGAAAAUCCCAUCAAAUGCAGCGAUUUGCUGGGCAUUGCCGAGUGGGCCAGUCCCUGCAGGUCAGUGGAUGUGGGUCAGUCGUCGUCGACGGGGGGGAGUGUGCUGAGUGGGCGGGUGGAUCUGAAGCAGGAGUAUCUGCAGUUCCACAAUUUUUACGACAGCUUCAGCAGGCGAGAGUGCGGCAAAAGGCAACCGGAAGAUGACACAAAGCCGCCAUCUUGCAGCCUCGCAAGUGCAAUGGCAGCACCAACAAAAACAACAACAGCAAUUCCGAGAACUAUUUCAAAAGUUAAAAAGUCAAAGGGAGCAGACACGGCAGCAGCAGCAGCAACAUCAGCAGAAAAAACAACAGCAGCACAUACGACGGAAACACAGGCUGCAACAACAACAGCAAUCCCAACAGCAACACCAGCAAUGCAAUCAGCUGGCAACAGCGUUGCCCAGUUAACCACAAAAACUUUGCGGCCAACAGAAACAACUUCGUUAGAGCAACUGCAGCAGCGGCAACAAAUGCCUGGCAUGCCAGCCAAAACAACAGCAACGCCAGCAAAGAACCUGCCAAGUUUGGUCCAGACAAAGGCAGCAACAACAGCGGUUCCAACCAUUUUGGCAACGCCAGCAGCAACACCAGCAACAACAACAGCAACACUAGCAGCACCAACAACAGCAAUAAAUUCCAACAGGCCAACGAACAUUAGCGGUGCCACAAAAACAGCAGCAACAUCAGCAACACAGCCAGCAAUUGAAGUGCCACAAACAAUUUUGGCCAGUAAAAAAUCUGACAAAAUGCCAGCCGAUAAGGAAGAAGCACAGGAGACUUUAUUAAAAUACCCAGGGAUACCGAGGGACACUGCAUCCGGUCAAGUGGCAGCACCGACACACAAACAUGCAACAUUGCAGCUGCACGUUAAGGAUCGACAUCUAAUUGGCACACCGCUGCUGAUGCACAAGGGCGAUGUCCUUUUAGUGGACGCCGAACAGUUGUUGCUGCCCGGAACGGCCACCGUGGCGGAUGAGGAUUCCAGUUCGCAUUCGGAAGUCCUGGCCGCCAGCCAAAAGCAAGAAAAGCAGCAGCAGUCAGCGGCUGAUAAGCGACUAGCGGAAGCAAUAAACGGCGACACAAAGACGCCGGCGAAAAGCCACAAGAAGAAGCCAUCGCUGAGCAUCAAGAAGAUGACCUACAGCACCAAGCAUGCGCCUAAGACCGUUGAGGAACUGGCAGUCACCUCAAAGUCACCAAUAUCAGAGCUACAGCAGCUGCAUCAGCACAGCAGUGUCAACACACCGAAGGAGGCCUCGCCGGAGGAGCUCAGUACUUUUGCGCAGCUAAAAGCCUAUGUCGAGCUGAAGAGCGAAUCGAAACCGGAACAUUUGAUGGACCAGCGAGAGGAGAGUCUACACAAUCUGACGGGAAAUCAUCCGGGUGUCAUGUUGCUGGUGGCCUGCGUUCUUUUCAUCGUUCUGUUGGCCGGUUUGGCUCACGUCUAUCGCUGUGAGUUGCCCUGGCAGCGGAGCAAUCGAUCCGGCCAGCUGAGACCGCAUCAUCAGAGGCAUCUCAGCGAAACCGAUGAUGCCCAUAGCUUUCUGCACUAUCAGGGAUCCGUGAGUUCCGCGGGAGAUCCGGCUCGGCUGCAGAAGUGGCAUCACAGCACCAGGAGGGAGGCUCCCUACAGCUCACCGCUGCACAAUCUGCAGGCUCGCGAGUUGCAACAGCAGCGCUGUCAGCAGUUCUACAGCUCAUCCCUGGCGGACAAGAGCUCCUCCACAGGGUCUUCCUCCUCCUCCUCGGGUAGCAGUCGCAGUAGCCUGCAUUCGCCGAGCAGAGAUGACAGCUACUACAUAGAGAUGGCGCCCAGCAGUCCAGCCGCCACCCUGCCCAGUCUGCCCAUGGAGCUGCUGGGCAGCAGGAGUAAUGGUAAUGGUAAUGGUCGAACGGAUCGAGUGGCUGCCACCGAUCUGGGUGGUACAACAGCAGCGGUACCUUUAGCAGCGGCGGCUCCCAUCAAAUCGGUGAGCAGCAGACUGAUGGCCCCCAGUUCGCGGCGGCUGGGCAUCUGGUGACAAACCGUCUUUGGCCAGCGGCAAUACGCACCCUUUCAGUAGAGUAAAAGUGUAGGAAAGAAUGGAGUACGACCGACAAUCGUCAGUUGCCAACAAACCCAAAUGAGUCAGAAAACCAGGCCUAAAUAGAUAACCUCUGAAAUAUCCUAAAAGAUUCCGAAAUAUUCCCAGUUCAUAGAUAUAAACAUACAAUACUGUAAAUGAAAAUCGUUUUCGUUUAGCUAAUAACUCUGAAAUGCUAUUGAGAAUUAAUAUUUACGUGUCGCCUAUUUUUAGGACGAUAAUCAAAAAUGCAAAAGGCUACAAAUAAAACUCCCUAGAGAACUCCAAAAAAAGGAAUCAUAAAUGCCAGACUCUCUCUACAUAUUUUGAGUUCCUGGCUUGAUUUAUGAUGCCUCAGUGCCCACACGUUGCAGGCCUCUUAGCGAUUCGGUUAGCAGCAACAAUUUGUCAUAAAUUCCUCUUACGUUAAGUUACGUAUACGCCGCGUAGACAAGCGGCCGAGCCAAAUGGCCAACGGGCCAAAUAGCCAACGCCAGCAAAGUUUUUACGAGCCAUCCGAAGUCAAUGUCCAUCUUGCGGUCGUAUUUGGGUCAGUUUACUGGCCAACAGACCACCGUGUGCGGCCCAGUUAACUUUAUAUAAGUGCCUGUCCGUUUGCCAAGAUUAAGUGUUUCGAUAGUCAUGCAUAUAAAAAUGAAAUAUCGAUCAAGUAUUAAAUAACAAUUUAGUUUAUGACAGCCCCAAUUCAGUAAUCACAAGUUGUGGCAGCAGAUGCUUGAAAGCAAGGCGGAUAAAUCGAAGGAAAUUGUUCGAGAGUAAAUUUAAUAUGGUAGUUGACACUCAGCAGGGAUAUAAUUUCAACUAAAUUGGUAAUUGUGUUUUUAAUUUAUUUUGAUUACAAACAAAAAUGUUGAUAAACAUGUUACUGGGACUUCUGGAGCUA